AUUCCUACGUGAGUAUUAACGCGUUUUGUAUGCAAUAACACUGUCAAAUCGUAGGUUUGUGAUGAAAACAGACGCGUGCUACUUCUGGAGGGAGUUCAAGUGGGAUGUCGUGUGAUCAGAGGACCGGAUUGGAAAUGGGGAAACCAGGACGGUGGAGCGGGAAACAUUGGUCGCGUCUUCAGUGUUGCGAAUGGAGUUGCAAAGGUUCGUUGGCCCAAUGGACACACCAACACCUAUCGCAACGGUGCAGAAGGGGCAAAUGACGUACUCGUUCAUCCUGCGUGGGCGUUGGUGAUGCUAAUCACAGCUCUGGAAGACAAUUAAGAGGAAUCGAGCAAUUUUGCUGCGCAGUGACAAGAAGAGACUAUUAAUCGUUAGGAACUUCAUUUUGAGCAAGCAAACGGGUUUCUGCUAACUACAAGAUGCCUUUAGACACAGUGUUAUGCCUCGAUACCUCGGCCUCCAUGGGUUUUAAUAACAAUGAGGGUAUCAACCAGCUUAAAGCUGCCGCACUCAAAUUCCUGGAGGGAGUGGAGGAGACUGCAAGACAGGCCAACUUAAAGGAAAACGUUGCAAUCGUCGAGUUUGGAGCCAAAACACAGAUUUUGCACAACUUGUCAACGAACUACUUAAGCCUUAGAAUGAAAAUAGCUGGACUUCAAGCUAAUGGGACGACCCCAAUGAAAGACGGCUUGUUGAUGGCACUGCAGGAGAUUGGAAAAAAUGGUGGCCGGGUAAAUGUAAAUGGAAGGAAGCUUUGUCCACGUAUCAUUCUUAUGACCGACGGAAAGCCUACCGAUGAAAACGGUCGUGAAACACAGCAAGAAUUGACAGGAGUCUUAUUGGUUGCAGUGCUGUUCGGGCCUCGCUGGCAGGAAGUGGGUCUUCCAUACAAAAUCCCCAUUGCUUGUGUUGGGUGUGGAAAUGCCGAUAAGAAACUUUUAGAGAGUAUUGCACAAACGACUGGAGGGAUGUACGUGAUGGUUCAUAACAUGGAUGAGCUCAGCACAUUCUUUAGGAGGCAAGUGUUGCUGUCACGAUUCAUCGCUCAGACUGCGCAUGACAUGGCUAAGCUUCAUUCGUUGCUCGCGUUACAACAGUUUAUGCAGGGCCUCGGUGAGGAUAUGGAUGAAGCUGAGCUGCGUCCUCUCAUGGCGCUGCUCUUGGCAAUGUUAGUCGCUGAUGAUGAUGAUGAUGAUGACGAUAACGAUGGGAAUUACCCCAAACCUCCUCCGGUGGGGUCACGUGUUCGGAGGGGAGCACACUGGAAAUGGGGAAGUCAAGAUGGGGGAAGAGCUGGUACCAUCGUAAAAACAGAUGGUACACCAGGUUGGGUGGAUGUUGAAUGGGAUAACGGGAAUAAAAACUCCUACCGUUACGGAAAAGAUUCUGCUUUUGAUGUUAAGGUUGUUGAUGAAAACAGACGCGUGCUACUUCUGGAGGGAGUUCAAGUGGGAUGUCGUGUGAUCAGAGGACCGGACUGGAAAUGGGGAAACCAGGACGGUGGAGCCGGAAACAUUGGUCGCGUCUUUAGUGCUAAGGGUGGAGUCGUAGAGGUUCGUUGGCCCAAUGGACACACCAACACCUAUCGCAACGGUGCAGAAGGAGCAAAUGACGUACUCGUUCAUCCAGGGGACGUAGUCAUGAUACCUUCCCUUUCGGGAGGUUCACCAAGAGGAGGAAUGCAGUCUGAGGCUUGUCACGUGAUGUAAAGCCAAUCAGAAACAUCGUAGGAUUCCUAUUGAGCUGGCAUCAUGACUAAAGUUAAACAGUCCGUAUUCUAAUCCUGUAUUCGCCUAAGUUAGCUUUGAGCAGUUGAGAAUCAGAGAUUCAUAGUCAUCUCUAAGCUCAAUCAGAUUACGUAGCUGUUACUUGGAAAACUAAACUGCUUCCUAUUGAUGAAAGUUGAAAUUUUAAAGGACCGAGCGGAGUGAUAUUGAUCGACGAAACAGUGAUGUGAUUUCUAGACACCGUCUGUGGAAACGAAGUAAAACAUAUGUCGGCCUCACUAGACAAUAUUACAUUUUUCAGAGAGUUCACUAAGACAUCCGUAUCUUGUUAUAAUCUGAUGAAGUGGGUUUUCAACUGGGUAGCAGUAAGUACUCAGGUAACUUCCACAUUAGACUGUUUCAGUUUUAAAAAUAUUCUUUUUAUUACGAAUUUGAAAACUGUAUGCUCGUUGAUUUUCGUAUAUCCUAUCAUUAACUCAAGUACUUGUCUUCCCGUUUAGAGCCAGUUUACAUGUUGUUAGUCUUCCAAAGUCACCUACAUCCUAAAGACACGUAUUCCUUCAUUAUGUGUAUCGUUUGCCAGGGCUGUUUUUGCUAAAUGGCGUGCAAGUUUUCGAGUAGGCCUUAAAAGAGAUUGGUGUUUUUGUAUUUCUGAUCGCGGGCCAGUCUCUACUACAUGUUGUAAGCUCACGCAUUAAGAGUGAUUUUCUGAGAGUGUCGAGAAUAGGAAGACAGUCACGAAAAAUCGAUUUUUCUUUUAUUUCGCCAAAACAUACCCUUGGAUGAACUUAUUCAUGGAAAAAUGGUUUAAAGUUCCAACGAUUUACUUUACGGCCAAAAUUUGAGAAAGUUCGAAAUUUGCAUAUCAUGGCGGUUUUCGCGGCUUAAAAUGUUCAGAAUUUCACGCUUCUUUAAGAAAACAGCGGGGCGUAAAAACAGUCCUAUGAAAACAAAACUUGGCACAAAUAUUAUUUCAUUCUUAUACUCGUGAUAAGUUUCUUGAAGUUUUGUUUGUAGCUUUGUAACGAAGGGUAUUUGUACAGUCGCCAUUUGUGUCUCUUGGCAAGGAACAAAUAAAGGCCAACUUUGACUAGUAUAAAUGGCCUCUGGUAUAUAUCAUUUGGUCAAAAUAU